AGAGGGGCGCUGCUUCCGCCCCGCACCAAGAUGGCGGCCGGCGGCAGACGGCGGCGCGUGCUGCGGCUGCUGAUGCAGUUCGGGGCGCUGCUGCUCACGCGCUUCCCGUUCUGGAACUGCUUCGGCGCGCUGCUGCUCUUCGCCGAGCGCGCGGACGCCCGCAGGAAGCCAGACAUCCCCAUCCCGUACCUGUACUUCGACAUGGGGGCAGCGGUGCUGUGUGCCAGCUUCAUGUCGUUUGGGGUGAAGCGCAGGUGGUUCGCGCUGGGAGCCGCUCUGCAGCUGGCCAUCAGCACGUACGCGGCCUACGUCGGGGGCUACGUGCACUACGGAGACUGGCUGAAGGUGAGGAUGUAUUCACGCACAAUAGCUAUCAUUGGUGGGUUCCUGGUCCUGGCGAGUGGUGCAGGUGAGGUGUAUCGCCAGAAGCCCCGGAGCAGGUCCCUACAGUCCACUGGGCAGGUCUUCCUGGGCAUCUACCUCAUUUGCGUGGCCUAUUCCCUCCAGCACAGCAAAGAGGACCGUCUGGCUUAUCUGAACCACAUCCUCGGGGGGGAAAUCACUCUGCAGCUGCUCUUCAUCUUGUACGGGGUGCUGGCCCUGUCCUUCCUGUCUGGCUAUUACAUUAGGACGGCCGCUCAGAUCCUCUCCGUGAUCCUGCCCUUGGUCAUCCUGCUCAUUGACGGGAACCUCGGCUACUGGCAUGACUCACGCCGUGUUGAGUUCUGGAACCAGAUGAAACUCAUCGGGCAGAAUGUCGGGAUUUUCGGGGCUGUUGUCAUCUUGGCCACAGACGGUUGAGCUGGGACAUGUUGGGAUGGACAGAGGACUGCAAUCGAGGAUGGAGUUUACAGAAGGGGAAGGGAAUUUUUUAAAGCAUCACUGUUAUUUAUUCAUUUGUUUACUUUAUAAAGUCCUGUUUUAUUUUCCUGCUGACAGCCAAGAGACUUGCUGGGUCUUGCCUCCUGCAUGGUCCCAGUCAGAUCUCACCAUUUCUUUUUUUUUCAAGGUUUUGAGCACAGCCUAGCAGGACUGCUGUUUUGGCUCCGUAUAGCAGCAGGCAUAGGGCAGCUCAUAGCUGGCGUAGAAGCUGAUGUAGAUUCUUCCUGGUCAUAGAAUCACAGAGUUGGACAUGACUGCUAGGGUUGCCUCCUGCAGGCCUUUGCACAGAUGCUUGUCCAGCUUCUGCUUGAAACCCCUGAAGGAAGGAGUCAGAUGAGCUAAUUGGGUUGAUCUGAGGGAUGUAAUCCUGCCUUUGAAAGCAGAAGAACAUCCGUUAGGCUUUGGCAUCUGUGUGGAGAGUCAGUAGCUGGGCUGUUGGAAAAGCCAGUGACAGACUGGAUAUAGAUAUCAAAGCUGUCUUCCUAGUCUGCUGAACUCUGUGCCUUUGCCAGUAGUGGGUGUUGGGGUGCUAUCACUUGUGUGUUUCUAGAGGCUGAUUAGCUUCAUGGCAGAAGAGUAAUAUUAACAUUACCUAGCUUCAUGUAGCGCUGUCCAUCAGUAGCUCUCAAAGCGCUUUCCAGGGGAAGCAGGGCAUGACCUCCCACUACACUGUCCUUAACACUGUUCUUGGAGCUGGUGUGAGGAUUUCUUCUCCACCUGCCCUUCUUGUAGCAGGAUGCAAUGGAGGAAAGGGCUGUAGGAGUCACCCAGGGCUGCUUUUAUUGUGUCUACUGAAAGCCUGGAAGACAGUGGAGCAGCUUGCUACCCCCAGCAUGGUGCCAUUCCUUGAACACUCCAGCACAGACCUUGGGGAAAAUCUUCCCCAAAUCCCCAUGAGGAUCCUGUGCCAUGCUCUGCCUUCAGCCCUCAUUGGCUUUCAGGGCAGGCUGGGUGGCAGUGCCACAUGUUAUGACCUGAUGCGAUGCUGAAAGAAAAUGUAACCUGCAGCCAGGUUUGUUCCAUCCUGUGCUAUCCUGGGUUUCCAGAGCUUGACCCCAAAGGGGGGCCAUGUGCACGCUGGAUCUGUGCAGCUCCUCAUGCCUUGUGGGUUGGUGGAGAGCUCGCCAGUGUUGUAACUCCUUGAAUAUUCCCCACUUCACAGAUAAAGCUGCCUACUUUCACUUGUUCUUGAGUCUUCCCUGCUUUUAAGCCACUUUCUUCAUUGCCUGUUUUUGAUAAUUAAAUGAGAAAAGUCUUUUAA